CAGGGCGAGCCGCAGUGACCCGGGCUCAUUUCUAACUGCUGUACUUUGUCACCACAUGGACUGAUACGUAGAACUUGGUCGGGAAGAAUGGAAACUAAAGAGGCUUGUAACUACCUGUAACUGUUCCACCAGGAGAUGGACCAAGUAUUUGCUCAGCCAGAUCCAGCAUACACAAAUGGACCUGGCAAAGGGAAGACACAGAUGUGCCGUGCAAUGGGGAAAGCCAGUCAGGAUUAAAGUACUGCCAUAACUCAACCUCUCCAGGGUGCAGCCACUAUGAUCUCAACAGACUGAUGAUGGAAGAAAAGGAAACCAGGAGAUCCUGUGCUCUGGCUUCCCUGGACAAUGGAUGGAAGACAGCCCGUCCCGUCUCCCCUAGUGCCCCUUGGGAAUGUGUCAUUAGAUUCUAGCAUGUCUCUGGAGCAGAAAACAACAUUUGUUUUUGUGAUUUUAUUGUUUAUUUUCUUGGGCAUCCUCAUUGUCAGGUGCUUCCGGAUUCUUCUGGACCCAUAUCGAAGCAUGCCGACCUCGACCUGGGCGGAUGGACUUGAAGGCCUGGAGAAAGGGCAAUUCGAUCAUGCCCUUGCUUAGCAGGGAUGGAGCUGGAUCUCCUCCUGAGGAGGCAAAGUGCUUCAUGUCUUGGUGAGGAUUCCUUUUAGUUAAUGUUCUCAACAAAUCAAAUUUGAACAAUAUCUGGUCCUGGAAACACAGUCCAUUAUUCCAUAAGAAUGCAGUUGAGUUAGAGACAUUUGAGGAUGUUGGAAACAGAGGUUUAUAUUACUAACCAAAAAUAGGAAGGUUUGAAUUUCUUUGUUGACUCAAUAAAUGAAUAUUGUGGAACACGUGUGAUUGUGAAACCAAGAGCAUCAGUACUGGCAUAGACUUUGCCAUAAAAUGAAGCAUUGCCUGAUCUGAUCGGAGAAUAAAAGACUAGAAAAGAUCUGCUAUGAAUUUGGUGACCAGGCCAAGAGGAGACAUCCUUACUCUUGUCAUGCCUUUCAGUUUGUUUUAUUUCAUGGGCAUCUGGGUCCUGGGCAGAGAGUGAGGAAGACUGUGCUGAAUGGACCUAAAGCAGUUGCUUGGUUUCUCCUACAGCACAGGGCAUUGGGAAGCAAUGGGAAGGCUUAAGGAGAUGGUUCUGUCCUUGGUAAUAUGAGAAUGACAUCAUUUUAUUUUAAAAAUAAAACUGAGUUCAAAGUCCAUAGAGUUUUCAAAAACUAUUUACCAGGCUAAGUACAUUCUAUGUAUUCAUAGUAAUAACCUGUGUAGAGGUGGCUGUACAUAACCUGAAUUUACUUUCUUUGCAUAAAUGAUUGACAUAAUAGGUUGCAAGUGCAGCUUCAAGUUUUUUUUUUUUUUUUAAAUAACAAGUUGUUUA